GGAGUAUACCUAAAAAUGAUUUUGACAAUUUCUGUGCCUAAACAUCAGAACAGGAACAGCAGCUACCGUACAGUAGCUGAAAGAUUAGGGCCAGGUGUGUGUCGCUCCGGUGGUAGCGGCAGCCAUGACGACACAAAAUGAGGUCAGAGUGAAGGGCUGCGCAGUCGGUAGCUGGAAGCCUGCCCUAUCGGGUUAUGUGUCGGACAGUCUCAGAUGGCUGACUGAUAAUGUUGAGAAUGAUGAAGACCGGCAUAGAUGGCCCCUGUGUGUGUGUGUGUGUGUGUGAAGGGGUGGGUGGAGAGAGAAGGUGAGGGAGUUUUCUUCCGUCAGCAGAGCAGAGCUGGAGGGACAUGCAUGCUAAUUGGUGAUUUAAUUAGCAGUUAUAAAUUGCAGCUGUUCCUUCCUAGCGCCCCACCAGGACAGGACUGCGAUGUGGAGCCAGUGAAUUUGUUGUGAAGGCUUCUUCGCUUCACUAGGUGGAAGAAUUACGCUAAAGGACACAGCCCAAAAUAUAAGAAGCCUAGUAGCGUGGCGCAUGCAGAGUUUUGUAAGCAGGCAUAACAUGAAAGAUAUCUGCACGAGCAUGCAUGAGUUCACACAAACACACACACACACACACACACGUCUGGAUGUGAGUAGGUUGUAGGUGUAAUAUACACACUUCUGCCCCGUCUCCUGUUUCAGGUUGCUUGGCACGUAGAGGCGAGUUGUUGGAAUGAUCUUGCUCUCAGGGUGGGCGUGAAUGCAAGAGGAGAGGGGCGGAGAAAGUCCCCCAGUGCUUGAGUGAAGGGACAGGGUGGUGGCAGGGGUGGUGCUGGCUGGGGUGUGGGGGGAGCACCAGUCUGUUCAGGUAGGGGAAGAGGGGAGGGGUCCACGGCCAGCGUGUGUUUGGAGAGCCAGGGAAGAGGGAGGAGAGGACACCAGCAGAGAGGGAGGGACUGGGCAGUGCACUGCUGAGGCAGGUUACCGCGCUUGGCCCCCUUAAGAUCAGUUGCACUGCAGAAAGGGAGAGUGUGAAAGAAACAAAUCGGGAGAGUGAGUGAGAGAAGGAGAGAGAGGAAGAGGUGAAAAUCACCCAGACAGAGACAGGGAGAAAGACUAGGUGACAAGAGAAGGACAGGAAGAGAAAGAGAGAUAAAGAAGAGGUACUAUGCUGUAGGGGGCCAGCUUAUGCCUGCUCUGUUCCUGAGGUUAUGCCUGCCAGUAACCUGAGACGCGUGCUCCUGCUGAUAAAGGAGGAUUAAACACGGGGAAGGUAAAGGGAAGAUGUCCAGGGUUUUGGUGACUUAAACCUUUGUGCUGAGUUGGGAACAGGAGGCGUCCACAGACACAUUCUAUUGUCCUUUAGCCUCUGGCCAGGGUCUGUGUGGGUCCGGGACGCUCGGAAGAGGGAGGUGGGGGCUGCUGCUGCUGCUGCACACAACGGCGGCGUCCGGAUGGCUCUCUGAAUGAUCCUCAUUCAUCCCCCUCUCCACCCACUCCGCACGCAGACACACACCAGAGGAAUCGCACCACCCCGCAUCCCCUGCCUGUCAUUCGAUGCUUGGCUCGGGCACCCGUUUGAAGCAGUGGCGGCAUCAGAAUCGGCCGCGGUGCUGGACCAGACGCCUCUCAUCUUCACCAGGGAGGCUGUGGCGCUGAAGAGGAGGAGGAGGAGGAGGAAGAGCAGGGUGUCUAUCUCUGGGAGCCUCCACAUCAGAGCAGCGGGACCAGACCAAAAGGCCAAAGCCUCAUCGAGGCGCCUCGACACCCCGCGCUCCGCGCUUUCAUGUGUUCUUCACUCCCCAGCCUACUGCUGCAGCAGUGCACCGUACCUGAUGGACAGAGCAUGGAGCACUGGUCUGUGCACUGAAAGGUAGAGUGGACACCACCCUAGACCAGUCCUCUUUAUUCAAUUUUUUAAUUUUUUUUUAUCACGUUCGUGUUUUUUUUUUUUUUUAGGCUUCACAGGUCUUCAUGAAUAAUUGAAUGGGAAUGGGAGCUGUCUGCUGAUGGGGACACAAAGCAUUUGGUUUGAAAUGCAGUCGGCCUGAUGGACACCAUGCUGCUGUGGGGGCUCGGGAAAAGGCUGGACUUCAGCAGGAGGGACUAGACACACACUCCACUGUCACGUCCGUCGCCAGCUUUGACAACACCAAACUCUCGGGCCGCAUCAAUGCCAGUUUUUUUAAAGAACAAAAGAAAAUGCAGCAGAAGAAAAUAAAGUCAAACCCUCAACCCCCCCACUACCACACCACCAUCUUCUUUUAAACGGGACCUGCAAAACAUUCACUUUGAAUCAUGAAAUGCUCUUCACAAGAGGUCACUGUCAAGGAGUUUUAAAAGUGCAUCUGCCAGGGAGCACCGCGAGCAAAAGAGAAAAGCUGAGUGGGAUUUUAUUCCUUCUUGUCAGAGUGACCUUGCACAGAAAUCCCAAACUAAGGAGAUCCAAUUGAUUAGCCACUUUUAUGAUCUUUUUUUCAUUGCCGAAUAAUUUCCCCACACAACACAUCUACUGCAGAUGAAGAGUCCUCUCUCCAUUCUCCACUAGCAAACCUGUGAUCUACAGCCGGAGUGCUUGUUUGGAACACACUCCCUGGAGGCAAGAGGAAGUUGGCACAAAGCUAAGGGUCAUAUCUGAGGGGAGCGCUCUGUGCCUUCACCCCUGCCCUGGGUCACCUCCAGCCCUGGUCUUGAAGUGGGUCACCCCUCAGUGACGGUGGCUUCCUGGGGGGGACCAUGUCGGAGCUGGAGGACUUUCCCCAGCCUCAGGGCGUCCAGCCCGCCGACCCGGCCCGCAUCCAGCAGAACCUCCUGGAGGAGCAGGUGGAGCUGUGGUGGUUCCGCGAACCGCGCAAGUCGCUGCUGUGCUACUGCGUGGCCGUGGUGCUGAUCCUGGGCUGCGGCCUGGGCGGCGUGGGCCUGCUCUCCACCACCACCAGCGUGUCCAGCGAGUGGCGCCUGGGCGUGGGCACCACGCUGUGCCUGCUGGCGCUGGCCGUGCUGCUUAAGCAGCUGCUCAGCUCGGCCGUGCAGGACAUGAACUGCGUGCGCAGCCGGCGCCGCAUCGACAUGCUCAAGAGCGGCGGGUUCUCGGACCUGCUGGUGGUGCUGAUCACUGCCGCGGCGCUGCUCAUCUGUGGAGCCGUCCUGCUGGACCUGGCGCUGGCCAACCACAUGCCCAAGCCGGGGCAGGCGCUCAACGACAUGUUCAUAUCCGGGGUGGUGCUGCUGGCCGGAGGCGGAGGCACCAUGCUGGCGGUGGCCGUGUACGCGCUGGUGGUCUUCCUCAUCGAACAAACGGGCCCUGGGCAGAGACUGAGGGAGAGGGCAGUGGGGGUGUUCACCAUAUCGGGACAGAUGCGGGAGGCCAGGAGAGAGACGACCUCCAGCUUAGCCCAGCUUAUCUGAGCGUGGUGGACAGAGCUGGUGGGACCAGUGGAAGUGCAUUAGCUGUGAGCACACAAUGGGUGUUGUGCCUCCGUAGAGCCUGGAGUGAGAUAUCCGCGGUCGGCUCGCGGAGCAAAUGAGGAUCUGAUCCAUGCAUCUCCCUCAGUCACAACUGUAGCUAUGUUUUAUGAUAAACUGGACGAGACACGCCAGGAGGAAAAUAAGGAGUCCGGGGAGAUUUAUCGCCAUCCUUAUUUACGCUCCACAAAAUCAUCAAGGUAGAACCAGGCCAAACGACCAAUUUCCAAGAAUGAUUAGCGAUGCGAUUGCUCAGACUGCUCACGCAAAUGGAUCUGUCGAGAUGAGUGGCUCCAUAGGAGUCCGUCGGAAAAUUGAUCGGAAUGAAAUGGACCUUGGUCCUGUAAUAGGGCAUGGCACUCUUUCAAUUCACACCACGGCCUUUUCCCUCCACCUUGGAUUCGCAAUUAAUUUCGACACGUCUGUCCUUCACACUUCUAUUUGGGGUGACUCAGGAGAGCAUGCCAAUAGGAGAUGUCCAUCUGGAGGUGUCUGCUGCCUCUGUAUGAGACAGCAGCGCUGGCCGGGGAGGACCGGAUAACACUGAUUUGCAUGGUUGUGAACGCGCACUUCUUUGCCUCGCUCAGAUUUUUGUUUCUUUGCAGAACAGUCGGAGAACAAAUGUAAA